AGCCGCCCGGGAGCCGCCGGCCCGGGCCCAGAACUACCCAACCCGUCCGCCCGCUUGCCCGCCAUGGGCAACGAGGCCAGCCUGGAGGGUGGCGCUGGCGAUGGGCCGCUGCCGCCCGGAGGACCCGGUCCGGGCUUGGGCCCCGGUACUGGGAAGCCGCCUUCAGCACCGGUUGGCAGCGGACAGCUCCCCGCGGCUGGCGCGGCGCGGGUGACUGCGGGACCCCCCGGCCCUGGCGCGGGUCCGGGUUCUGGUCCAGGCCCGGGCAGCAUUUCCAGGAGACUGGACCCCAAGGAGCCCCUGGGUAGCCAGAGAGCAGCUUCCCCAACCCCGAAGCAGGCUUCUGCUACCGCUCCGGGCCGUGAGAGCCCCCGGGAAACAAGGGCACAGGGCCCAGCAGGCCAGGAGGCUGAUGGCCCCCGCAGAACGCUGCAGGUAGACAGCAGGACGCAGAGAUCAGGGCGCUCCCCCUCUGUGUCUCCAGACAGAGGCAGCACCCCCACAUCACCCUACUCCGUCCCCCAGAUUGCUCCCCUUCCCAGCAGCACGCUGUGUCCCAUAUGUAAGACUUCGGACCUCACAUCGACCCCCAGCCAGCCAAACUUCAACACCUGCACCCAGUGUCACAGCAAGGUCUGCAACCAGUGUGGGUUCAACCCCAACCCUCACCUCACCCAGGUGAAGGAGUGGCUCUGCCUGAACUGCCAGAUGCAGAGGGCUCUGGGGAUGGACAUGACCACGGCGCCUCGUUCCAAGAGCCAGCAGCAGCUGCACUCCCCAGCCCUGUCUCCUGCCCACUCCCCAGCCAAACAGCCCCUGGGCAAGCUGGAGCAAGAGAAAUCACGGGGUCCAGGAGGAUCACCUGGCCCCCGCCAGGGGGAGACAGCCAGGGCAACCUCAGUGCCAGGGCCUGUCCAAGCAGCUGGCCCUCCAGAGGUGGGCAGAGCGUCUCCUCAGCCCCAUCACCCCACCAAGCCUUCCACAGCUGACCCCAGGCCACCUGCAGGAGAGCCGCUGGCCAAAAGUGCCACUACAGUGCCCCCUGGGCCUGGUGCUGCUGAGCAGACCCAGGAGGGCCUCACUGGGAAGCUCUUUGGCCUUGGUGCGUCGCUGCUGACCCAGGCGAGCACCCUCAUGUCUGCGCAGCCCGAGCCUGAACCCCAGGGACAGCCUGCCUCCGGCAAGGGGCCACCCAAGAUUGUCUUCAGUGAUGCCAGCAAGGAGGCUAGCCCUAGACCCCCAGGCUCAGGACCCGGGCCUGGGCCAGCACCUGGGGCCAAAACUGAGCCUGGAGCUAGAACAGGCCCUGGGUCAGGGCCUGGAGCCCUGGCAAGAACUGGGGGAACAGCCAGUCCAAAGCAUGGCAGAACAGAACACCAGGCAGUGUCCAAGGCUGCUGCCAAGCCAAAGACCAUGCCGAAGGAAAGGGCCAGCUGCCCACUGUGCCAAGCCGAGCUCAACGUGGGCAGCAAGGGCCCAGCCAACUAUAACACCUGCACUACCUGCAAGCUCCAGGUGUGCAACCUGUGUGGCUUCAACCCGACACCCCACCUGGUGGAGAAAAGUGAGUGGCUCUGUCUGAACUGCCAAACUAAGCGGCUGCUGGAAGGCAGCCUGGGAGAGCCUGCUCCCUGGCCGCUGCCUACCACCCCACAGCAGCCCGCCGCAGGCGCUCCUCACCGCGCGGCUGGACCUUCCCCUCAGAGGCAGAAAGGGCCACAGGGGCUGGGCCAGCCAUCAGGCCCCCUGCCCGCCAAGGCCAGCCCCCCGCCUACCAAGGCCAGCCCUCAGGUCAAGCCUCUCCGGGCUUCUGAACCCAGUCGGACACCAAGCAGCGCCCAGGACAAGAAGACUGGAGUCCCAGUGAAAGCUGAGCCUGUGCCGAAACCACCUCCAGACACUACCCCGCCCCCCGGGACCCCUAAAGCAAAGACCGGGUCCCGGAAGACCGAACCUACCACCCCUGUGGUCAAGUCUGUUCCAGAAGCCCCUAAGGGUGGGGAGGCAGAGGAGCUGGUGGGCAAGCCUUAUUCUCAGGACCUAUCCCGGAGCCCACAGAGCCUCAGUGACACAGGCUAUUCCUCUGAUGGCGUCUCCAGUUCCCAGAGCGAGAUCACGGGUGUUGUGCAGCAGGAGGUGGAGCAGCUGGACAGUGCGGGGGUGACGGGCCCACGCCCACCCAGCCCCUCUGAGCUCCACAAGGUAGGAAGCAGCAUGCGGCCUUCACUGGAGGGCCAGGGCCCGGCCCCGAGUGGUGAGCGGAGCAAGCCCAGCAGCGGCAGCGCCGAGGAUCAGAAGCAGCGGCCUCACUCCUUGUCCCUCAUGCCUGAGGCCUUUGGCUCUGAUGAGGAGCUGGAGGAUAUUCUGGAGGAAGAGGAAGCCUCUCUGCAGUGGGGGCGCCAGAGGGAACAACAGGACACAGCUGAGUCCUCGGAUGACUUUGGUAGCCAGCUGAGGCACGACUACGUGGAGGACAGCAGCGAGGGUGGCCUGUCCCCUCUCCCACCCCAGCCCCCAGCCCGGUCAGCAGAACUGACUGAUGAGGAGUUCAUGCGGCGGCAGAUACUGGAGAUGAGCGCUGAGGAAGACAACCUGGAAGAGGACGACGUCGCCGCCUCUGGGCACGGCCUGGCCAAACAUGGCACCCCGAAGGGCGGCCCCAGGUCCCAGUCAGAACCCAGCCAAGAGCCAGCGGCCCUGCCCAAGAGGCGCCUGCCCCACAACGCUACCACGGGCUACGAGGAUCUGCUGACCGAGGGAGGCCCGGCAGAGGCCACCGAUGGCAGUGGGGCCCUGCAGGGCGGGCUGCGCCGCUUCAAGACCAUCGAGCUCAACAGCACGGGCAGCUACGGCCAUGAGCUGGACCUGGGCCAGGGCCCCGACCCCGGCCUGGACCGGGAGCCGGAGCUGGAGAUGGAGAGCCUGACCGGCUCGCCUGAGGACCGCUCCCGCGGGGAGCACUCCUCCACGCUGCCGGCCUCCACCCCCAGCUACACCUCGGGCACCUCGCCCACCUCCCUGUCCUCUCUGGAGGAGGACAGCGACAGCAGCCCCAGCCGGCGGCAGCGGCUGGAGGAAGCCAAGCAGCAGCGCAAGGCCCGGCACCGCUCCCACGGCCCCCUGCUGCCCACCAUCGAGGACUCCUCGGAGGAGGAGGAGCUGCGCGAAGAGGAGGAGCUGCUGCGGGAGCAGGAGAAGAUGCGGGAGGUGGAGCAGCAGCGAAUCCGCAGCACAGCCCGCAAGACCCGGCGCGACAAGGAGGAGCUGCGGGCCCAGCGGCGCCGCGAGCGCUCCAAGACGCCCCCCAGCAACCUGUCGCCUAUCGAGGACGCCUCCCCCACGGAAGAGCUGCGGCAGGCCGCCGAGAUGGAGGAGCUGCAUCGCUCCUCCUGCUCCGAGUACUCGCCCUCGCCCUCCCUGGACUCCGAGGCCGAAGCCCCCGACGGCGGCCCCUCCCGCCUGUACAAGUCGGGCAGUGAGUACAACCUGCCCACCUUCAUGUCCCUCUACUCGCCCACCGAGACUCCCCUGGGCGGCGCGUCCGCGCCCAGCUCCGGCCGGCCCCUGAAGAGCGCCGAGGAGGCCUAUGAGGAGAUGAUGCGGAAGGCCGAGCUGCUCCAGCGGCAGCAAGGCCAGGCGGCGGGGGGCCGGGGGCCUCACGGCGGCCCCUCCCAGCCCCUGGGCCCCCGGGGCCAGGGCUCCUUCGAGUACCAGGACACCGCCGACCGCAGCUACGGCCGGGCUGCCCAGCCGGCCGCGGAGGGUACGCCAGCAGGCCUGGGCGCGGCCGUGUACGAGGAGAUUCUGCAGACGUCACAGAGCAUCGCCCGCAUGCGGCAGGCCUCCUCGAGGGACCUGGCCUUGGCUGAGGACAAGAAGAAGGAGAAGCAGUUCUUGAAUGCCGAGAGUGCGUAUGUGGACCCAAUGAAGCAAAACGGCGGCCCGCUCACGCCUGGAACCAGCCCCACCCAGCUUGCCGCCCCCAUGUCCUUCUCCACCUCUGUCUCCCCAGACGGCAGCGGGGGCCGAGUCAUUCCCGAUGUCCGGGUUACUCAGCACUUUGCAAAGGAGUCUCAGGACUCCCUCAGGCUGCACAGCUCUCCAGCCUCCCCCAGCUCUGCUUCCAAGGAAGUGGGCACCUCCUUUCCCCAAAGCCCCGGCUCCCCAGCCGCCACGACUGUGGCCCCUUGUCCGCCCGGCCUGCCGCGAGGAUACGCGGCUCCAGCCUCCCCGGCCGGCUCGGAGCGCAGCCCUGCGCCGGCCGCUGUGGGCCACGGCUAUGGGCAGACCCCAGCCACUGCGAACUAUGGGUCCCAGACAGAGGAGCUGCCCCUGGCCUCCAGCGUGCGGCCUGCCAGAGAGAAGCCCCCAGGCGUGAGCGAUGGGGACAGCGGCACCCCCCAGCCCCCCCGGGCGUACUCCUACUUCUCGGGCUCCAGCCCACCUCUCUCCCCGUCUUCUCCCUCCGAGAGCCCCAUGUUCUCCCCUGGCAAGCUGGGCCCCAGGGCCACAGCAGAGUUCUCUACACAGACGCCAAGCCCAACCCCUGCCUCAGACAUGCCACGGAGCCCUGGUGCCCCCACCCUGGCACCUAUGGUGGCUCAGGGCACACAAACGCCACACCGGCCCAGCACGCCUCGCCUGGUGUGGCAGCAGACCUCUCAGGAGGCCCCCAUCAUGGUCAUCACGCUGGCGUCAGAUGCCUCCAGCCAGACCAGGAUGGUGCACGCCAGUGCCUCCACCUCCCCGGUGUGCUCGCCCACCGACAGCCACCCCUCCAGCCACAGCUACAGCCAGACAAUGCCUCCGAGCGUGGCUCAGCUGCCCCCAGAGCAACCUGGGCCACCUGGCUUCCCACGGGCACCCAGUGCGGGUGCCGACGGGCCCCUGGCGCUCUACGGCUGGGGCGCCCUCCCCGCUGAGAACAUCUCCCUGUGCCGCAUCUCCUCUGUUCCCGGAACGUCGAGGGUGGAGCCCGGCCCCAGGCCGCCUGGCAGUGCCGUGGUAGACCUCCGCACAGCCGUCAAGCCCACGCCCAUCAUCCUGACCGACCAGGGCAUGGACCUGACUUCUCUUGCUGUGGAAGCCAGGAAGUAUGGCCUUGCCCUGGACCCAGUCCCGGGUCGGCAGUCGACCGCUGUGCAGCCCUUGGUUAUCAACCUCAACGCCCAGGAGCAGACCCACGCUUUCCUCAGCACCGCCACCACCGUGAGCAUCACCAUGGCCUCGUCUGUGCUCAUGGCUCAGCAAAAGCAACCUGUGGUCUAUGGAGACCCCUUCCAGAGCCGACUGGACUUUGGUCAGGGUACAGGUAGCCCUGUGUGCCUGGCCCAGGUCAAGCAGGUAGAGCAGGCUGUCCAGACAGCCCCGUACAGAGGAGGGCCCCGGGGCAGGCCGAGGGAAGCCAAGUUUGCCAGAUAUAACCUGCCCAACCAGGUAGCGCCUCUAGCCAGAAGGGACGUUUUGAUUACUCAGAUGGGCCCCCCCCAGAGUGCUGGCCUCAAGUCAGGCCCCAUGCCAGAGCCUGGCGGCGAGCCCCACCGGGCGGCGCCUGCAGAACUGCGGUCACACGCUCUGCCAGGGGCCAGGAAGCCACACACAGUGGUGGUGCAGAUGGGAGAGGGCGCAGCAGGCACCGUGACCACGCUGCUCCCGGAGGAGCCCGCGGGAGCCCUGGAUCUCACCGGGAUGCGCCCCGAGAGCCAGCUGGCGUGCUGCGACAUGGUCUACAAGUUCCCUUUUGGCAGCAGCUGCACAGGCACCUUCCACCCCACCCCUAGCGUACCUGAGAAGAGCGUGGCAGAUGUGGUCCCACCCGGCCAAAGCAGCGGCCCCUUCUACAGUGCCCGAGACCCUGAGCCUCCCGAGCCCCCCUCCUACCGGGCACAGGGGCCAGUGGGGCCCGGGCCCGGGCCCCAUGAGGAGCAGAGGCCCUACCCACAGGGCCUCCUUGGCAGGCUGUACUCCUCCAUGUCUGACACCAACUUGGCCGAGGCCGGCCUCAGCUACCACGCCCACCGGAUCGGGCAGCUCUUCCAGGGCCCGGGCCGAGACUCGGCUGUGGACCUCAGCUCACUGAAGCAUUCCUACAGCCUGGGCUUUGCCGACGGACGUUGCCUGGGGCAGGGCCUGCAGUACGGCUCAUUCACAGACCUCCGGCACCCCACAGACCUUUUGACCCACCCGCUGCCCAUGCGGCGCUACAGCUCGGUGUCCAACAUCUACUCAGACCACAGGUAUGGCUCACGGGGAGAAGCAGCCGGCUUCCAGGAGGCCAGCCUGGCCCAGUACAGCGCCACCACGGCCCGCGAGAUCAGCCGCAUGUGUGCCGCCCUCAACUCCAUGGACCAGUACGGAGGGCAGCGGGGCAGCGGCGGCCCUGACCUCAUGCAGUACCACCCCCAGCCGGGGCCAGGGCUCAGUGCCCCGCAGGGCCUGGCUCCUCUCAGGCCUGGCCUCCUUGGGAACCCCACCUUCCCAGAGGGCCACCCGAGCCCUGGGAACCUGGCCCAGUACAGACCUACCGCCGGCCAAGGGACGGCAGUCAGGCAGCUGCUGCCAUCCACAGCCACGGUGCGUGCAGCCGACGGCAUGAUCUACUCAACUAUCAACACCCCGAUCGCCGCAACGCUGCCCAUCACCACCCAGCCCGCCUCCGUACUGAGGCCCCUGGUACGAGGCGGCAUGUACAGGCCCUACGCCUCGGGCGCCGUCACAGCCGUGCCACUCACUGGCUUGACGCGCAUGCCCGUCAUCGCCCCCCGGGUCCCUCUGGGGCCCCCAGGGCUAUACCGAUAUCCUGCACCGAGUAGAUUCCCCGCGGCUUCCGGCGGCCCGCCCGCUGAGGGGCCUGUCUACCUGGGGAAGCCUGCGGCUGCCAAGGCCCCAGUGGCUGGGGGUCCGCCGAGGCCAGAACUGCCGGCAGGGGCCACACGGGAAGAACCUCUGUCCACAAGCGCCCCCGCUGCUGUCAAGGAGGCUGCAGCAGCCCCAGCCCCGGCCCCCCUGGCUGGCCAGAAGCCACCAGUAGAUGCUGCUCCUGGGGGCGGCAGCGGGGCCCCGGGCCGGCCGGGGCUCGAGAAGGAGGAAGCAUCGCAGGAGGAGAGGCAGCGGAAGCAGCAGGAGCAGCUGCUUCAGCUCGAGCGAGAGCGGGUGGAGCUUGAGAAGCUGCGGCAGCUGCGGCUACAGGAGGAGCUCGAGCGGGAGCGCGUGGAGCUGCAGAGACACCGCGAGGAAGAACAGCUGCUGGUGCAGCGGGAGCUGCAGGAGCUGCAGACCAUCAAGCACCACGUGCUGCAACAGCAGCAGGAGGAACGCCAGGCGCAGUUCGCCCUGCAGCGGGAGCAGCUCGCUCAGCAGCGUCUGCAGCUGGAGCAGAUCCAGCAGCUGCAGCAGCAGCUGCAGCAGCAGCUGGAGGAACAGAAGCAGCGGCAGAAGGCCCCCUUCCCUGCGGCCGGGGAGGCGCCCGGGCGAGGGCCUCCGCCCGCGGCCACCGAGCUGGCCCAGAAUGGCCAGUACUGGCCACCCCUGACCCACGCGGCCUUCAUCGCCGUGGCAGGGCCCGAGGGGCCCGGGCAGCCCCGUGAGCCUGUGCUGCACCGGGGCCUCCCCAGUUCCGCUUCCGACAUGUCGCUGCAGACCGAGGAGCAGUGGGACACAGGCCGCGGUGCCAUCAAGAAGCGGCACUCCAUGCCACGCCUUCGGGACAUCUGCGAGCCGGAAUCGGGGCCCGAACCCUGCAUGGUAAAGAGGAUCGCCGACAGCAGCGUGCAGACGGACGACGAGGACGGGGAGGGCCGCUACCUCCUGACCAGGCGGCGCCGGGCGCGGCGCAGUGCCGACUGCAGCGUGCAGACGGACGACGAGGACGGGGAGGGCCGCUACCUCCUGACCAGGCGGCGCCGGGCGCGGCGCAGUGCCGACUGCAGCGUGCAGACGGACGACGAAGACAACGCCGAGUGGGAGCAGCCGGUGCGCCGCCGCCGGUCCCGGCUCCCCCGCCACUCCGACCCGGGCUCCGACGGCAAGGCGGACGCCACGGCCGCCUCGCCCGCUGCCCCGGCCGCAGCGAGGGCCGUGAGCAGCGUGGGCAUCCAGACCAUCAGCGACUGCUCCGUGCAGACCGAGCCCGACCAGCUCCCCAGGGUCUCCCCAGCCAUCCACAUCACAGCCGCCACUGACCCCAAGGUGGAGAUCAUCAGGUACAUCUCAGCGCCAGAGAAGACUGGGCGUGGGGAGAGCCUGGCCUGCCAGACCGAGCCGGAGGGCCACGCCCAGGGCGUGGCUGCGGCACAGCUGGUCGGACCAGCUGCCAUCAGUCCCUACCUGCCUGGCAUCCAGAUCGUCACCCCAGGACCCCUGGGCAGAUUCGAGAAAAAGAAGCCGGAUCCCCUGGAGAUUGGAUACCAGGCUGCCCACCUGCCCCCGGAAUCCCUGUCACAGCUUGUGAGCCGCCAACCUCCCAAGUCCCCCCAAGUCCUCUAUUCGCCAGUCUCACCGCUCUCCCCACACCGGCUCCUGGAUACCUCUUUUGCUUCCAGUGAGAGGCUGAACAAGGCUCACGUAAGUCCUCAGAAGCACUUCGCAGUCGACAGUGCUCUCCGCCAGCAGACACUGCCUCGCCCCAUGAAGACCCUGCAGCGGUCCUUGUCUGACCCUAAGCCCCUCAGCCCCACCGCCGAGGAGUCUGCCAAAGAGAGGUUCUCCCUCUACCAGCACCAGGGGGGACUGGGUAGCCAGGUGUCGGCGCUGCCACCCAACGGCCUGGUCCGCAAGGUGAAGCGGACACUACCCAGCCCCCCUCCAGAGGAGGCUCACCUGCCCCUGGCUGGCCAGGCCCCCCCACAGCUGUACGCAGCCAGCCUGCUGCAGCGUGGGCUGGCAGGGCCCACCGCUGUCCCUGCCACCAAGGCCAGCCUGCUGCGGGAGCUGGACCGGGACCUGCGGCUGGUGGAGCAUGAAUCCACCAAGCUGCGCAAGAAGCAGGCAGAGCUGGACGAGGAGGAGAAGGAGAUCGACGCCAAGCUCAAGUACCUGGAGCUGGGUAUCACACAGCGCAAAGAGUCUUUGGCCAAAGACCGGGGCGGCAGCCGUGACUACCCCGCCUUGCGUGGUCUCGGCGAGCAUCGCGACUACCUGUCAGACAGUGAGCUCAACCAGCUACGGCUUCAAGGCUGUGCCACCCCCGCUGGCCAGUACGCAGACUUCCCAGUCACUGCGGCGGCCCCUGCCACCCCCUCCGGCCCCACUGCGUUCCAGCAGCCCCGGUUCCCCCCUUCGGCCCAGCCGUACACCGCAGGCAGCGGUGGGCCAGCUCAGAACGGAUUCCCAGCCCAGCAGGCGCCCGCCUACCCUGGCCCCAGCACGUACCCAGCACCUGCCUUUCCUCCUGGCGCCAGUUACCCAGCUGAGCCCAGCCUGCCGAGCCAGCAAGCUUUCCGUCCCGCAGGCCAUUAUGCAGCCCCAGCACCCGUGCCACCCACACAGGGCACCCUUUACCCAGGCCCAGCUGACAGCCGUGCCCCCCACCAAAAGCCACGCCAGACGUCACUAGCCGACUUGGAGCAGAAGGUGCCGACCAACUAUGAGGUGAUUGGCAGCCCUGCUGUAGCCAUGUCUUCAGCCCCAACUGAAACUGGCUACGGCGGCCCAGCGGUAAGCAGCAGCUAUGAGCAGGGCAAGGCCCCUGAGCCGCCCCGGGCCGGUGACCGUAGUGGCAGUGCGAGCUUGAGCUCAGCCCCCACCUACCCCUCUGACUCACAUUACACCAGCCUAGAGCAGAAUGUCCCUCGGAACUAUGUGAUGAUUGAUGACAUCAGCGAGCUGACCAAGGACAGCACUUCCACGGCCCCUGAUAGCCAGCGGCUGGAACCCAUGGGCCCAAGCAGCAGUGGGCGUCCAGGGAAAGACCCUGGAGAACCAGGCGUCCUUGAGGGGCCCGCGCUGCCCUGUUGCUAUGCCAGAGGGGAGGAAGAGUCCGAGGAGGACUCCUAUGACCCCCGUGGGAAGAGCGGCCCCCACAGGGGCGUGGAGAGCAACGGCCGGCCCCCCAGCACCCACUACUACGGUGACAGUGACUACAGACACGGGGCGCGAGCAGAGAAGUAUGGUCCGGCGCCCGUGGGGCCCAAGCACCCCUCCAAGAGCCUGGCUCCAGCUGCCGUCUCCUCGAAGCGCAGCAAGCACCGGAAGCAGGGCAUGGAGCAAAAGAUCUCCAAGUUCUCCCCCAUUGAAGAAGCCAAGGACGUGGAGUCAGACCUGGCCUCCUACCCCUCCCCUGCGGUCAGCAGCAACCUGCCCUCUCGGGGCAGGAAGUUCCAGGACGAAAUCACCUACGGGCUCAAGAAGAAUGUGUAUGAGCAGCAGAGGUACUAUGGGGUGUCCGGCCGGGACCCCAUAGAGGAGGACGACCGCAUGUACGGUGGGAGCAGCCGGUCCCGGGUAGCCUCUGCGUACAGUGGGGAGAAGCUGUCCAGCCAUGACUACAGUGGCCGGGGCAAGGUGUACGAGCGGGAACGGGAGGCUGUGGAGCGACAUCAGAAGGGGGGACCCAAGCCCUCAUCCCUGAGCAUGGCCCACGGCCGGGCCCGGCCCCCCAUGCGGAGCCAGGCCUCUGAAGAGGAGAGCCCCGUCAGCCCCUUGGGGCGGCCCCGCCCCGCCGGGGGCGCCAUCCCUCCUGGGGACACCUGCCCCCAGUUCUGCUCCAGCCACUCCAUGCCUGAUGUCCAGGAGCACGUCAAGGACGGGCCGCGGGCCCACGCCUAUAAGCGCGAGGAGGGCUACAUCCUGGACGACUCCCACUGCGUAGUGUCUGACAGCGAAGCGUAUCACCUGGGCCAGGAGGAGACAGACUGGUUUGAUAAGCCCCGGGAUGCCCGCUCCGACCGGUUCAGGCACCACGGGGGCCAUGCAGUCUCUUCCUCCCAAAAGCGAGGCCCCGCCAGGCACAGCUACCACGACUACGACGAGCCCCCUGAGGAAGGCAUGUGGCCGCACGAUGAGGGUGGCCCGAGUCGCCACACCUCAGCCAAGGAGCACCGGCAUCACGGUGACCAUGGGCGCCACUCAGGCCGCCAUGCUGGCGAGGAGCCGGGCCGACGUGCUGCCAAAGCACACGCUCGGGAACUGGGUCGCCACGAGGCCCGGCCUCACCCUCAGCCCAGCUCUGCCCCAGCCAUGCAGAAGAAGGGUCAGCCUGGGUACCCCAGCUCCGCCGAAUACUCACAGCCAUCCCGAGUCCCAUCAGCGUACCAUCAUGCCUCUGAUAGCAAGAAGGGCUCCCGGCAGGCCCACUCUGGGUCUGCGGCACUGCAGCCAAAGCCAGAACCCCAGCCGCAAGGCCGGCAGGCAGCUCCAGGGGCGCAGCAGUCACAGCCGCCCCCACCCAGGCAGACACCCUCGGCGGCGGCAGCCCGCCAGCCACAGAUGCAGCAGCCGCCGCAGCCGCCGCCGCAGCAGCAGCAGCCGCAGCAGCAGCAGCAAGGUCUCGGGCUGCAGCCCGCCCAGCAGGCCCCGCCGCAGGCUCGGCUGCAGCAGCAGGGUCAGCCGACCGCCCGGGGCCCAGCCCCUGCAGCCGGCCAGCCAGCAGGAAAACCUCAGCCAGGGCCCGCGACGGCUGCAGGCCCCCCGCCAGCAGGACCAGCACGGACCGAACAGGCCAACGGCUCUAAAGGGAUAGCCAAAGCGCCCCAGCAGGGGAGGCCGCCUCAGGCCCAGGCACCGCCGGGAUCUGGACCGACAGGCACAAAGACCGGAGCCAGGCCUGGAGGGGCCCCUGCGGCGCCUGCCGGCCAACCUGGUGCCGAAGGGGAGAGUGUGUUCUCCAAGAUCCUCCCCGGAGGGGCGGCAGAGCAGGCUGGCAAGCUGACAGAAGCUGUCUCUGCUUUUGGCAAAAAAUUUUCCUCAUUCUGGUGACCAUUCCCUAUAGGGCUCUUGAAGAAAUGAAGGGAGAUGAUAUCAUUGCUGUGGAAAAAUCUCUGGAGUCAGAGGCCUGGGCGCAGCUCUGGACUCUGCGUAUAACACAUCUACAAACUGGCAAACCCUUGGCCCAAAGACUCACAGCAGGUGGGACGUGGCAGCAGGCCUCAGUUCAGGACGGGAUGUUUUAUAACAGCAGCUGCCUGGGUGAAGCACCUGCUGGACAAGUGGGACCACUGGCCCGGGGACCUCUGAUUGUCUUUGCAGAGACCCUGCUCUCCUCAGGGCGCUACCUUCAAGGCACAGGCGUCGCUGGGAGGGGGGAGCCCUCUCCGGAACCCUGCCACCCUGGCAGUCUCGCUGCUCCCCCACAGCCGCCUUCCUGCGGCCUGGCCAGCCAGGCUUCCAGUGCGUUAUACACAGAGUUUGGGUGCGCGCUGCCUGUUGUAGAUGGACGCUGCCCCCCCUCCGCGAUGCCAGAAGUUUUUCCACAGCCUUGGAAAGGGGCUUAGACUGAGGGUGGGGGGCCCUGGGCUCCGUUUCCUUCACAUUCCAGCUGGCCCAGGUCCCUCUGUGGCCACAGGACCCUGCCCUCCGGGUGGCAGCGGAGCAGACCUCCAUGUGGCUAGUGUGGGGUUGGGAGAACUUUACAAACAUUAGGACCUAACACUGUCUCAUCGCUGAAAUAAGAGGCCAUAGCACCGAAAAGCAGCGUGGGCGCCGGCUGAGACUUCUCCCAGCCCAUGGGUGGCAGUGUGCCAGCUCGCCUGCCGCCACCUCGAAGCCAUCCCCCAGUCAUCGUGAGCACCCCAGCGGACCGCCGUUGUCUCGACCAGCCGGCUCCUCAUUCGUACACCUGGGGAUUUCUUUUGAUUUCAACAGCAGCCUUAAUCAUUUCAGUUUGAUUUACAUGUAUACCUCAUAAACAUUUUCCUUUUGUUUCUCCUCCUCUCUUUUCUCUCUCUUUGCCCACCUCCUUGCCUCUCCCUCCACCACAACCUUGUGACUGAUGGUUUGGUUUCUUCUCUGCUCUGUUCCUGCUCAGCACAGGGAGAAUGUUGACCUAGAAGCAAUAGUGGGCAGCAGGCCGCCAAGAGCACAACCCCAGGGCAGGGUCUGGGGAGGCCCCUCAGCCCGCCUCUGUUUACCGUGCAAUUAUUCCAGUCCUUCUUAAGCCAUCACCAUCAGAGCAGAGGGGCCAGGGCUUCUGCCAGCCAAGGGAAGGGCCCAGCGCCCUGUGCUGGGGAGCGUGGCACUGUCUGUCCUCCUGGUGGACUGGGCCACAUUCUUCCCCAGGGCUCUUCCCUUGGGGGGCCUCCUUCAUCUUGGGCACAGUCACAAGUCUCAUCUCUGAUGUUCUAUGCAAUGAAAUAUAAACCCUCAAAGACAACUGUUAAUAUUUAAUAAAUUCCAUGUUAUGUAUAAGGAGUUAAUUGCAAACUGCAAUUGAGAAACUGAAUAGAUAUGCUCAUAUCGAACCCCGACCCCUGUCCCCACCGUGUGUGUGAAACUCUCAGUCUGUGGCAUGCUUGACCUGUGGCAGGACUCGCUGCCGCCAGGCGAGGCGCCGCCUGUCCCGCAGUGCAGCAUGCACAGCUCGCAGCCUCUUUGCACGAUUUCAUCCAUUUUAAAUGCUCGACCCUCUCGCUUGGAGUUCUUUUUGCCUCAGAGCCUCUCCUUCAGGAGUGCUUCCAGCUGACUUCUGCACGAGCUAGCUAGCGAGGACCUGUUAGAACUGUCGCCUGAGUGUGCCAGGCUGUGGGGCGGGCAGUAUAAGGCCCCACAGGCCCUGAGGCUUUCUCUGACCAAGAUGGCAGGUGAACAGGAAGAGACACGCUAGAGGGAGCCCAUGCAGAAUAUGCGGGCGUGAAUGUAUUGAAGGCGUGUUGUAGGAUUUCCAUCUGUAAGUCGCUCCCCUCUUAUCCAAGCCCUGAGCCAGAGGCAUCUGGCCACCCCUUCCCAGCCAAGGACUGCCCACAGCCAGAGCUGGGCUGCUUCUGUAACCAGAGAGACAGAGGCCAAGGGCAGGAACUGGCUCUGCCCUGGGCCCCCACCUCUGACUGCACAUGCGGCUGGCUGCUUAGAUAUCUGUGAGCCGAGCGAUCUAGGCUGGGAACCUAAGCUGAGGCCAGGGGUCAAAGGGUGCUCAGGAAGAGCUGGACCUUUAACUGACAGUGUUGUUUUGGGCCAGAGUAGGCAUUCACAUGGGCUCAUGGUUCCCACCUGAGUUUCUGGGAAAGCCGCUGAAUAGCAGACCUUAGAGGAGGUCCGAUUUGACCCUCUCUACAUCUUUCCCAGGACCCAGUCUCCCCGGUCACCCCCAUCUCUGUGGCUCCCAGUGCUCAUCAGCUUCUCUGACUGAGCCAGGCGUGCAGCCAGCAGUUGCUUCCCACACCCUGAGGCCUGCCCUUCCUGCAGAGUUCUCUGGUUUGCACCAUGCAUUUCUCAGGGGUCCACAUUUCUCAUGCUUUCCUAUAAGGUCUACACACUCCUUCAGGGAGAGAUCCUGGCCCAGCUCUGGCAGCAGUGGAUGGGACAGGAGACUGGCAGUCUCUGUGUUGGACCGGGGACUCUGGGCUCCCUUGGAUCUGGGCCUCACUCCCUCCUGGGAUAUCUGCCUCAACCCAGAGAGAAGGCCUGGGCUGUAGGAGGCCAUCCGAGCCAGGGCUGGGAGAGGCCGCCACCCAGCACCUCUGACCACCCCGAAGCAAGCCUUCCCUCUAAAGGCCAGGGGAUGGGAUGAGGAGCAGGGGAGAGGCACGGAUGACAGGCAGUCAACCUCCAUCGGGCCUGGUCUCACUCUAAAAUGUUGGCUUUCAGCAAAUUUAUUUCUGCCAAGCCCUCUGAGUUUGAAAUUUCUGACAUCUGCCACUCCCCACCGUCCGAUGUACCCACGAGACACAUCUGUAUCUGUCGCCCCUCGUAAAGGUGGCUGGAGCUCCGGGUCACAGGGGUCCUGGCCCUUGGUGAGUGCAGCUGUGGCUGGGGAGCACUGCAGCCAGAGGCUGAGGGACCAGCCUUUCGUACAUUGGGCAGUGGGGUGAGCAGUAAGCACAUCUCCAAAUGAGAUCCCUGGGUGUAGCCCAGGCCUUCUCCACAGCUGCCUCCCCAGCACCCUAAGCAGGGGUCAGGCCUCCUCUGCCACUUCGGGACUUAAAAGGACUCCCUUCACAGUGACGCCCUCCCCCCUCAGCGCCUGCUUAGUCCUUGGGCAGAGAGUGCGCCUCGGCUCAGGAUGCGAGGGCAGCAACUGUGGCCUGUUUGCUGACACGUGAGGUGCUCUCGGGCGGGUCCUUUGCCGUGGCAGUGUGGUCCUGGUCUGCCGGCCUCCCCCUGCCUUCCUGCGCUCUUCCCCCAUUCUGUAAAUAUUUGUCACUGUAGACUCCAAUAGGGUCAGAGGGAUAGGCCUGAUCAACUGCAACUCCUCAGAGAUGUCAUCUCUGUCGCCCUGGGUACCAGCAGCCCUGCAGCCGCCACGUGCACCAGAGCGCCACUGGAGAGCCAUGGAAGUCUCGAGACAUUGUGUGUGUGCAUGUGAACAAGUGCGUGAGUGUGUAUGUGCGUCUGCCUCAUUCAGCCUCUGGGAUCAAAUCAGCUCCUUCUCUCCAAGCACAAUGCCUUGGAGGGUGGUGGCCGCCCAAGCCUUUCCUCUGCUAGCUCCCAUGUCUUGUUUUUGCUUCCCCCUCACUCCUUUUCACCCUUCUUCCUCUCUCCCUUUCUUUCCUUCUCUCCUUCUUUAUUUGAGGGGGGAAGAGUGCUGUACAAAGUCAAACAAACAAGUUUACAGUUGUAAGUGCAAUGACCCGAGUCCUCCACAUGACCUUGUGAAUUGUGUGCCGUCCUCCUGUGCUCUGUGAGAACUCGUGGUACUUCAGUGUCCCCCCACCCCUGUAUCGUGACAAGGUAAUUCUGUGGUAUCAGAAUAAAAGGACUUGAUAUAAACAA